GGCUGCUGGCGAGACGGCCAAGACAUUACCAAAAUAGAUGUUCUGGCUGAAAUACUGAGAAGUUCUGGCAUGAGCGGGAUGGAAGCAGACAGUGCGUGUGACCGGAGUCAACAGAGUGCGAUAAAGCAGCAGCUGAGAACAAACACGCAACAGGCCGUCGACGAGGGGGUGUUCGGAGUACCUUCCUACGCAGUCCCGAAUGCGAAACAACCUGAUGAGGAGGAUGAGGUGUUCUUCGGAAGUGAUCAGUGGCCAUUCGUUGAAGAUAUGCUCAACGGGACGGAUCCAAUCACCCCAGCGCAUCACGAGCUUUGGAAAGGUUUACCUCGUGGAGCCGAGCGCAGGCGCUGAUGCAAAUGAUUAUCGGACAGUUCACAUGGUUCCCUAAUUAAAACAUUCGGUCAACUUUGAGGCAUGAAGUGGUUGGCUCGGUAUGGCCUAUCUUGUGUUGUGUGAGUUCGUGAUAGGUGCCGGUGUUGAUCUCAGGCUUGAACAUGAAUACAGUUCCAUAUUGAUACAAGGAAACCCUCAAUUUCCACAUUUUCUGCUCGUCAGGCGGAAUGCAUCUCUCCUACCAGGCGAUGGUAUCGGGACAUAAGUCGACGCCGACUAUCUGAUAUAUCGGCGAGCUUUAAUACUCACGUCACAUUGGUGGGUAUGGUAACCACGUAUUCAUCCACGCAAUGCUUGACAGCCCGUCAGCUGUAAAAUAACACAAGCACAUCAGCAAGCCGAGUUCGCUUCACUACCUUGCCAAGCGUGCUGGCGGUUGGGCCUACUAUUAUCAAAUAACAUGUGUAUCCUCGAUUAAACAACAUGCGUGUCCUCGC